CGAAUUCGCAGCAACUGAUCCAAAGUUCACAUAUUUUGAUUCAAAUAAUGCUUUCAUGAAUCUUAAUGCCUCAGCUUAGCUAAAAAUAUUGAUCAAUAUUUCCUGUUUAAAUGGGACUAUGCUCCUUAAAUUCUGUACAACGUUGAAUCUCAUAUUUCUAUCUGUUUUUAUGUACAUUCAUUCAUAUCAUUAAAGCGCAGAAUAGCAUUUAGAUUACGAAGGCAUCGAUUAGAGGUAGUUAGGUAAGUCAUGCAUAGCUUUAUUGUUGGGUCACAUUGAAAAAGUGCUCCAGAUUUUGCCUAAUCCACAAUUUAAUUAUGACGGGCUCAUUCUCAUUUCUCAUGUCAUGAAACAUAAUGCUAUUGAUAUUUUUUUCCUCUGUCAUAAAUGACCACCGCUUUUCUUGUUGAUAUUUUUUCUUCUGUGAUAAGCUAAUGAAGAGAAAGAUGUUAUCACUUAUCAUUAUGCUGUCAUGUUUUAGUGGCUGGGAUACAUCCAACCCUCUCAUCUACCUAUCUCAGAGCUUUUGAAAUUUGUCGUGUUUGCAAACUUCUCAAUUGUUGGAAUGAAUGUUAGUCUUAUGUGGAACUCAGUGGGAUUUUAUCAGAUUGCAAAGUUGACUAUGAUCCCUGUGUCCUGCCUUUUGGAAGUGUUGUUGGACAAGAUUCGGUACUCUCGAGACACAAAGCUAAGCAUAUCAGUUGUUCUCUUGGGUGUUGCUGUUUGCACUGUCACAGAUGUAAGCGUUAACACCAAAGGUUUCAUUGCUGCUUUCAUUGCCGUUUGGAGCACUUCUAUGCAACAGUAUUAUGUGCAUUACCUUCAAAGGAAAUAUUCACUUAGUUCUUUCAAUCUACUCGGCCAUACUGCUCCAGCCCAAGCUGCAUCACUGCUGGUUUUAGGUCCCUUUUUGGAUUACUGGUUGACAAACAAAAAAGUCUACGAUUAUGCUUAUAGUAUAACCCCUGUGAUGUUCAUUAUUUUAUCAUGCACCAUUGCUGUCGGGACCAACCUUAGCCAGUUCAUCUGCAUAGGCAGGUUCACAGCCGUGUCGUUUCAGGUCCUCGGUCAUAUGAAGACAAUCCUCGUAUUGAUGCUUGGUUUUACCUUCUUUGGGAGAGAAGGCCUCAAUCUACACGUAGUUCUGGGAAUGAUAAUAGCUGUAGUUGGAAUGAUUUGGUACGGAAAUGCCUCGUCGAAGCCAGGAGGAAAAGAGCGCCGGAGCAUUUCGCUACCUACACAGCAGACUGCAAAAACAACAGAAUAGUUUAUCAGAAUCCGGUGAACAUGACGGGGAGGUAUAAGCAUUUCAGGUAGGAUACGUCAGAGCAUACAAGUACAAGAGCUGCUAAUUUCAGAAACUAUUUGAUCAUUUGAGAGCAGUAAACUCAAGUUUUCGAUUCUAAUUUAUUUCUUAUUGAUUCUAUUAUUCUCAGAUUCCCCUAUAUUGAGUUCAAUCAAGGGGAAAACGAAAGAGAGAUUCAUGCAUAGGGUUAGGCUGCAAAACAAAUUUCUUGUCAGGAAUAUAAGAGGUGAUAAUUAAUAUUAAAAGCAUAAAUUAUCUUUCUA